CUUCGAUACAAGACCUGCCUACAGCUUCCAGCGGGCUGCUCCUGCUAGGAGGGGAAUACGGAGAGCAGAUAGAGACAGAGGCAGAGUUGGAGGGGUGGGAGACAAAAGGAGAGAGAGAAAGAAAGAAAAGAGAGAGAGAGAGAGAGAGAGAGAGAGAGAGCGAGCGGGAAGCCGGGGGUUGGACAGUUAAUUUCAUCCACACACACCGAGGAGAGCAGCCCGUACAGCCGCAGCGAAAACAUCACCUCGCCCCGCUGGGACGCAAGCAGAGAGCGACCGCAUCCAGCCAGCGUUCAGAUAGUAUGGAACACUAUGACGGAGAGAACGACUACAUGCACCAGGAAGAUGACUGGGACCGGGAUCUGCUCCUGGACCCAGCCUGGGAGAAACAGCAGAGAAAGACUUUUACAGCUUGGUGCAACUCACACCUCAGAAAAGCCGGCACGCAGAUCGAGAACAUCGAGGAGGACUUUCGGGACGGGCUGAAGCUCAUGCUGCUGCUGGAGGUCAUUUCAGGUGAACGCUUGGCCAAACCAGAGAGAGGCAAGAUGAGAGUCCACAAGAUCUCCAACGUCAACAAAGCGCUCAACUUCAUCGCCAGCAAAGGAGUGAAGCUGGUCUCUAUCGGAGCAGAAGAAAUUGUAGACGGUAACGCUAAGAUGACCCUGGGAAUGAUCUGGACCAUUAUCCUUCGCUUCGCCAUCCAGGACAUUUCUGUGGAAGAGACGUCGGCCAAAGAGGGCCUCCUGCUGUGGUGCCAGAGGAAAACUGCGCCCUACAAGAAUGUCAACAUCCAGAACUUUCACAUCAGCUGGAAGGACGGCUUGGGCUUCUGUGCACUCAUUCAUCGACACCGUCCAGAACUCAUAGACUACGGAAAACUGCGCAAGGAUGACCCCAUGACCAACCUGAACACGGCCUUUGACGUGGCAGAGAAGUACCUGGACAUCCCCAAAAUGUUGGAUGCAGAAGACAUCAUUAGCACCUUGAGGCCAGAUGAGAAGGCCGUCAUGACUUAUGUGUCGUGUUACUACCACGCGUUCUCAGGCAAGCAGAAGGCGGAGACGGCGGCCAACCGGAUCUGCAAGGUGCUGGCGGUGAACCAGGAGAACGAACAGCUGAUGGAGGACUAUGAGAAGCUGGCCAGUGAUCUGUUGGAGUGGAUCCGUCGCACCAUCCCCUGGCUGGAAAACAGACUGCCUGAGAACACCAUGCAGGCCAUGCAGCAGAAGCUGGAGGACUUCAGGGAUUACCGUCGUCUCCACAAGCCGCCCAAAGUGCAGGAGAAGUGCCAGCUGGAGAUCAACUUCAACACCCUUCAGACCAAACUGAGGCUCAGCAACAGGCCCGCCUUCAUGCCCUCCGAGGGAAAGAUGGUCUCGGACAUUAAUAACGCUUGGGGAAGCCUAGAGGGAGCGGAAAAGGGUUACGAAGAGUGGCUCCUCAACGAGAUUCGCCGGCUGGAGCGACUCGACCACCUGGCGGAGAAAUUUCGGCAGAAAGCGGCGAUUCACGAAGCCUGGACCGAAGGUAAGGAGGACUUGCUGCAGAAGCAAGACUACGAGACUGCCUCGCUGUCAGAGAUCAAGGCUCUGCUGAAGAAACACGAGGCCUUUGAGAGCGACCUGGCCGCACACCAGGAUCGCGUGGAGCAGAUUGCAGCGAUAGCGCAGGAGUUAAAUGAGCUGGACUACUACGACUCCCCCAGUGUAAACGCUCGCUGCCAGCGGAUCUGCGAUCAGUGGGACGCACUGGGAGGCAUGACCGUGAAACGCACCGAGGCGCUACAGAGAACUGAGAAGUUGCUUGAAACUAUCGACCAACUGUACCUUGAGUUUGCCAAAAGAGCAGCGCCAUUCAAUAACUGGAUGGAGGGCGCCAUGGAGGACCUGCAAGACACUUUCAUCGUUCACACAAUUGAAGAAAUCCAGGGACUGAGCACAGCCCAUGAGCAGUUCAAAGCCACGCUGCCAGAGGCCGACAAAGAGCGCCUGGCCAUCCUUGGCAUCCACAAUGAGAUUGCCAAAAUCGUGCAGACCUAUCAUGUGAACAUGGCCGGCACCAACCCCUACACAACCAUCAACCCACAGGAGAUCAACGCUAAAUGGGAUAAGGUCAGGCAGCUGGUGCCUCAGCGAGACCAGGCUCUGAUCGAAGAGCACGCCCGGCAGCAGAACAACGAGCGUCUGCGCAGGCAGUUCGCCACACAGGCCAACGUCAUUGGGCCCUGGAUCCAGACCAAGAUGGAGGAAAUCGGCCGGAUCUCGAUCGAAAUGCACGGCACCCUAGAGGACCAACUGACGCACCUCCGCCAGUACGAGAAAAGCAUCGUCAACUACAAGCCAAAGAUCGACCAGCUGGAGGGAGACCACCAACUCAUUCAAGAGGCUCUCAUCUUUGACAACAAACACACCAACUACACAAUGGAGCACAUCCGUGUGGGCUGGGAGCAGCUACUCACCACCAUCGCCCGCACCAUCAACGAAAUUGAGAACCAGAUCCUGACGCGAGACGCCAAGGGCAUCAGCCAGGAGCAGCUGAACGAGUUCCGCGCCUCCUUCAACCACUUCGACAGGAAGAGAACAGGAAUCAUGGAUGCAGAAGACUUCAAAACCUGCCUUAUCUCCAUGGGUUACAACCUGGGGGAAAACGAGUUCUCCCGCAUCAUGAGCACAGUGGACCCCAACAGAAUGGGCAUCGUCACCUUCCAGGCCUUCAUAGACUUCAUGUCCCGCGAGACGGCCGACACGGACACAGCCGACCAGGUCAUGGCGUCCUUCAAGGUUCUCGCUGGGGACAAGAACUACAUCUUGGCUGACGAGCUGCGCCGCGAACUGCCCCCAGACCAGGCCGAGUACUGCAUCGCGCGCAUGGCCCCCUACACGGGCCCCGACGGUGUCCCCGGAGCCCUGGACUACAUGUCCUUCUCCACGGCUCUAUACGGGGAGAGCGACCUCUGAACACUGGCGUCGGGCGUCCUGACCCGGGACCAUCCUCUCCCCGCUCCGUUCACCGCCACGUGCUCCGACUCGUCUCCACUCUCCUGUCCAGCUGUGCUGAUUUUUUGUUUUCUUUUCUUUUUUGUACGUUUCAGGCCUUAUCUUUUUGUCAGUAUCUUCCGUGACCUUUCAACUGUCCAGCUUCGUCACCGCUCCCUCCUCCCCUCCCUCGCUCCGUCUUUGUUGUGUUUGCUUUUCAUCGCAAAGCAGCGACUCUCCAGGUUUACAAAGAGGGAGAGAUAAAAUGUGGGGGUUUUUUUGUCAUUGAUUUUCUUCAGAAAAAUGAAUAAAGUUAACAUUAUUUUAUUAUACUGAACAAAAAAAAGGUAUUUUUCUUCACCUGGUUAAAUAAGAGACGAAAAAUUGUAAUAAAGAAAAAAAAAACACGUC